AUGGGGGACAAGAAGAGCAGCUCGCCAGACACUCUCCCCGACCGCCCGCAUCCCUCCACACACAGGGACGCUGCUUCCUCCCUCUCUGACUCUCCUGCUCCUCCCACCACCGCUUCUCCCACUUCUUCCGCCGCUGCCGCCGCCACUGCUGGUACUGGUACCGCUCCUGCCUCUCCUCCCCUGUCAGGCUUCCCCCCGCGCAUGAACCCCAACAGUCCUCUGACUUUCAGUCUGGGUCUAUUCGGCGGCCCAAUAGACAUGGCAAUGACUUCAUCCUCCUCCCCUUCAGGCUCCCCCCACCGCUCCCGCUCCUCCUCCUCUGCUUCCCUCUCCGGCCCCACCUCCCUCUCCCUCUCCCUCGGUCCCGCCUGCGCCUCUGCCAACACUCCCCCCCCGUCUCUCUCCCAUCGUCGCUCUCCGAAUCCCAACUUUCCCUACUCCAUGCCGGCCUCUCCCUCCUCUCUAGUGGUUCGGGAUGUGGACCAUGCAAAGAGGCAGCUCCUAGCCAUGGCUGGCGAGGCGAAGGAGCGGAUUGGCGGGCUCGAGCGCCAGCUGGCGGCACGGGACGCUGACGUGGCCAGGCUGGAGGAUGAGGUGGCGGCGCUGCGCGCUGAGUCAGCGCGGCGAGAGGAGGAGGUGGCACGGCUGGUGGAGAGGUGGCAGAGCUUAGAGCGGCGCCUGGAGCAGAAGGAUGAGGUGCUGGUUCGGCUCAUGGCUAUUGCCAAGGACCGGUGGCGGGAGGUUCUGCGCGAGGUUCGGCGGAAGGAUAAGGUGAUUGCGGAGCUGGCUGAGAUGGUGGUUCGGGCCCAGGCUGAGAGGAGGUCUGGUGGUGGUAGUGGUGGAGGGAGUGUAGGGGACGGGGGGAGUGAGGGAGGGGAUGGCACGGGGAGGAGUAGCUUGGAGGAGGAAGUGAGGAAGUUGUUGGAGUUUGCACUGAGGCAUGGGGAGGAGGUGGAGGGUGUUCUUACGAGGGAAGAGCAGAAGCUGCAGGAGGUUUUUGAAGCAGCAGGCAUUGAGGGGCUUAAGUGGGGUGUAGAUUCGGGGAUAGUUAGUUCCCGCGUCGAUGUGUCGGGCGCUGGUAGUAGUAGUGGAGAUGGAGGGGCGGAUGUGGUGUCUGGGGAGGAAGACAAAGGGGAGGAGGUGACCAGUGGUAGUAGGGUUGCACAUAGGACGGAGAAAGUGGCAGUUGUUUCGCAACGAGGGGCAGGAGUAAAAGAUGUCGAGUCGCCGCAAUUGCAGGUAUGGAGUGUGUUACCGACGAGUCACGACGGAACAAUUUCAAGGCCAUUGCCGUUUGCGAUUCGCAAGUGGGAUAUCAUGGGCGCCGCGUUUCACGGCACAGAACUUCAGAAGCACCCAUUUUCGUCGCCGAAAUCGCCAGGCUUUCCUCCAGCCAUGGCGUUAUCACGCCGUCUCCUCGCCGUUAUCCUUGCAGUGAGCGCCAUGGCGGUCGUCGGCGCGCAGCGAGUGGACGUGUCGUUCAACCAGAACUUCGCCUUCGCCUCGUGGUGCAAGCCGCCCUUCUGCACGAGCGCGCCUGACGGCAGCAUCACUCUUGCCGUCAGCCCUAAAUCCGUCGGAGUCUUCGAGUCCAAGGGCGUAUACAGCUACGGCGUCUACUCUGUACGAAUGAAGCUCCCCGUGGGCUACUCGGGCGGCAUCAUCCCGUGCAUCUACCUCAUCAACCCCGGCGCCACGUCAUACCAGUCGAUCCACGACGAGAUCGACCUCGAGUUCCUCGGCGGCACGGACCCGCGCAACAUCACCAUCCACACCAACCUUAUCACGGGCGGGCAGGUCAAGCUGGAGCAGUUCAAAUUCCCGUUUGAUCCCUCCGCGGAUUUCCACACGUACUCGAUAGUGUACUCUCCGAUGUAUGUUAUGUGGAUGGUGGACGACUACCCGAUACGGAUCACUGUCAAUGAGACGGGCCAUCCGUUCCCAACGCUGCCCAUGGAAUUCAAGGCUUCAAUAUGGGACUCCUCGUCGUGGAGCUGGCUGAAGGCGAACUACACCAACGGCCCCAUUCAAGCGCAGUACCGCGAGUUUGACUUCUCCCACGCCUGCCAAAUGCCUCAGGACCUCUCUGAACCGCCCUGUCUCCGCCUCCGCUCGUCCAAGCACGCCCCAUGGCUGUCCAAAAUGACUCUGCCGCAGAUAAGAAAGGAGAGGGCAUUUAAAAAGUACUACACCAAGAUGAUUUACGACUGGUCCGAGGCCAAGUGA